AUGAAUCAAGGUCAGCGAUCGCGGUACAUCAAGACGGGCGGCAUCGUCGCCCUCGUCUUGUUCGUACUGUACUACCUACUGCCAGGCUCGUCAGGCACACCAGCAUCCUUCCCCAGCGGCGAUGUCGCCUCUGACCCUUCGCUCGGCACCACCAAAUGCACCCGCCCAUACUCGUCCAGCAAGCCAUUGAUUCAAUAUGCUCUUAUGGUCGACGCCGGCAGCACUGGCUCGCGCAUCCACGUCUACCGUUUCAACAACUGCGGCCCUACACCCGAACUCGAGAAAGAAGACUUCAAGAUGACCGAGAAGAAAGAGGGUGGUUCUGGACUGAGCUCCUACGAUUCGGACGCCGAGGGUGCCGCAAAGAGCUUGGAUGUUCUGCUUGACGUUGCCAUGAAGAACGUCCCUGACAAGCUCAAAGGCUGCACUCCCAUCGCCGUCAAGGCCACUGCUGGUCUGCGUAAGCUGGGUCCAGAGAAGAGCAACGCCAUCCUCAAGGCUGUACGCAACCGUCUUGAGACUCAAUACCCUUUCCCCGUCGUCAGCGAGGCCAACGGAGGUGUCGAGGUCAUGGAUGGCAAGGAUGAGGGUGUCUACGCCUGGAUCACAACAAACUAUCUUCUGGGCAAGAUCGGUGGCCCUGACAAGACCCCCACUGCUGCCGUCUUCGAUCUUGGUGGUGGCAGCACUCAAAUUGUCUUCGAGCCUACCUUUGCUCAGGCCAAGGAUGGCGGCAUGCCCGAGGAGCUUGCAGAGGGCGACCACAAGUACAAGCUCUCUUUCGGUGGUCGCGAUUUUACUCUGUAUCAGCACUCAUACCUGGGCUACGGUCUCAUGGCUGCUCGUGAGAACCUGCACAAGGUCGUCAUCGACAACAUGCACAAGGCGAACCCCGACUCCACUGCCUGGCUCAGCAAGCCUGUCCUCAACCCUUGCUUGAUCCCUGGCAGUAGCCGCGAGAUCAAGGUCCCUCUUGGUGAGGGACAUCCUCUUGGUGCAUCUGUCACCGUCAACAUGACCGGUCCUACUACUGGCUCUGCCCCUCAGUGCCGCGCCAUUGCCGAGCAAACUCUCAAGAAGGAAGAAGAGUGCAAGAUCUCCCCUUGCGCCUUCAACGGUGUCCACCAGCCUUCGCUCUCCAAGACUUUCGCCCGCGAAGAUGUCUACCUCUUCAGUUACUUCUACGAUCGUGCCCAGCCCCUUGGUAUGCCCGAGUCAUUCACUCUCUCUGAGCUCAAGGACUUGACCGCUCGUGUCUGCGAAGGCCCCAAGAGCGAGACCAAGGCCUGGGACGUCUUCAAGCCCAUUUCCGGUGCUAUCAAGGAGCUUCAAGGUCGCCCUGAGACUUGCCUGGAUUUGAAUUUCAUGGUUGCACUUUUGCACACUGGAUAUGAGAUGCCCAUUGAUCGUGAGGUCAAGAUUGCCAAGAAGAUCAAGGGUAACGAGUUGGGUUGGUGUUUGGGUGCCAGUCUUCCUCUUCUCAGUCAGGAAAGUGGCUGGUCUUGCAAGAUCAACCAGGUUUCAUAG